GGGCGUAUCCGGCGGCGAGCGGUUCGAGUUGAAUCUAGACGCGGCGGCGAGCGGUUGCGCGUCCUUCGUCCAGGGGGUGAGCGGCGGCGAGCAUCGGGUUGACUCUGCGCCGACUGUCUCCUCAGCAGUGUCGUCGUUGGCUGGCCGAAUCAGCAUCAAUCUCGACACGGCGAGCGGCGUGUGGCUGCAGGGGCGAUGCUGGCGGCAUCAGCAUACUGGUCAGGCAGCAGUACGGGUCGUGGAUGCGGUGGCAUCGGCGUCGUGGUCCGACAGCACAGGGGUUCGCGGCUGCGAGCGGCAUCGGCAUCGGCAUCAUGUCGAGGGGCGGGCGGCGCUGCCGGUGGCAUCUGCAUCGGGGACGAGCGGCGAGCGGCCUCAACCUUGGUCUUGGUCGUUUCACGGCAGCUGGGCACGGCGGAAGGUAUCAUGUGUUAUUGGCAGAUUCACUUUGGUUCUGUGUUGCCACAGAGGUGGACUAGAGGCAUGUUCAAACGAUUCAGAAGAUGCACUGGAGCGAUCUACUUGCUGGUGCGAGUGCAUCAAGGUGGCCUUGUCCGUGGCUUCAUCGCCGCCACCCCCGACCUUGCUCUCCGGCUGCAACCAUGGUCCCUGACCUCAUAUUCUCAGUUUAUACCUUUUCGUUUGCAUGAAAAUUGAUGGUAGUGUCAAUGAAAAAUGCGUGGAAGUUGGUUGAACCUGUUAGUUUCUUUGCUUCAAACUUUGAUCAUGCUCCCAGCCUUAGUAAAUUUGGCCUUACGGACCAAUAUAGAUUCAGACAUUCAGUAUGCCAAAUGAAUUUUAAAUCUGGGCAAAUUACAACAGAUGAUAUUCCAAUUUCUGGCCAUUGACCAUAGAUGGCAUUUUUUUUUUUGUUUCAAUGUUUUUGUUUUAUGGGCAUGAGGCCAUGAAUUAUGUUGCUGUAUAUGGGGCCAUUCAGUCAUGCAUCAAACCAUGACACUAGUUCUUAUUUUUGCAUGGGUGGUUCUUAUGUCCCUUUGCCCCCAAGAACUACAUGGACAUAAGUUAUUUUAUGUCGGCACUGAGAAUUCUUGCAUUGACAUAACUUAUACUACAAGCUCUGCAGAACUUUGUUUUAACCCAGCUUAUCAUGAUAAAACAAAGCGAUUAGCCUGCACUAUCAUGACAUAAAGUUAAUUCCUCCUUUGUGAUUUGUCAUGAUGAAACAUCUAAUCUUGUUAUUUGCAGGCUGCUGACAAAUUAACCAUAUUCAUGCUCGGAAAGGACCUGUAAGCUCAUCAUUUCAUCUCUGCCGGCGGAAGAUUGUUGGCUCGGAUACAAGCAACAGGAGCUGACAUAGUCAAGAAUAUUUUCAAAUACUUGUGCACUGCCAAGUGAGUUUACUGUCUAAAACCUCUGCAAUCUUUGUAUGUUAGCUAUGCACUAGUAUGAGCUCUUGAUGAUUUUUUGUAUUCAUACUUCGUAAUACUAGUCCCCAAGGCUGUUUACAUGUAAUUGAAUCACAGAUUUAAUAGCUAUGUGUUAUAAAUUAGGAUUGUUUUACCACUGUACCACUGCCAUAGACAUGCUUUUAUUUUGUACGGUUUAAUAUUGAUUCAUCUGCGUGAUUAUGUCCAUGCUAUUUCGCAAAUUCUUAUCCACUCUGCUAUUGAUCAUUUUGAUUUUGUUAUGUUUGGCAGUAGGCCUCCCAUAGAAAAAACAUGUUAGAGGUACGUGCAGCAAUUUCGAACUUGUUAACCUUGGUCACAUCAAGAUCAUUGACAUCCCCAAGCAACCCUGUUUAGUGGGGUUAAUGGACCAGUAUGCACAGACCAUAUCUUGACAAUUUGAUCAUGGCCACCACUGAUUAGCUUGCUACGUUAUUCUGGAAUAUUAUAUAUCCACACCCACCAUCAUUAGCACUGAUGGUGAUUCUGCAUUUAGAUGGGAAUGGCGUUUCCAUGAUGUCGACGCACCCAACUUUAGAUCGACAAAUGAUGCCAUUGGUGUUUCCAUGAUGUCGAGGUACCCAGCUUCAGAUCGACUAAUGAUGCCAUCAGCUUGUUGUGCAUGGUGUUGUAUUCUGGCAGGCGGCAGCGCCAAGCCCAACUGCCUUCGCUUUAAAAUCACCUUCUCAUACAUCAAUGGCCUGAACAAUUUUUCCACAGUAUUUAAGAAGCAGUUUUUCGUAUAUACUAACACUACAGGCACAACUGUCAUAAAAUAUUCCAAAAAAAAUCGCUGACAGCUAUAGGUCCAAGUAACUUGGUUCUUCUACUUUCCACUCUUUUGUUACAAAAGUGAAAAGGUUUGCAUAUUUCAUACAAUUCAGAAAACGGCUGACUUUCCUGGACCACUUGUCCAGUUCGGAUUGAAAUGAUAAAGGGGAAAUUAUUUUGAGAACUGCUACUAUAAAACAGUAAUUUUCAAGGAUCACAGAGGUUAUCGUGUAAACAUAAAAGAGCUGUCUGAAGUUUCUCAUUGCAGAUCCAUUAGAAUAUGUAAGGAAAUAUGCAUUGCUAAUUUUUUGUACCGUAUCCCUGAGAUUGCAAGGUGCUAGAAGGCAGAGUGUAAUGCUUGAGCAAAUUUUGAUUUGUAUUACAAGUACUAGCUAUAAGCUGGUCAAUAGUUCCAAACUUUGCUUCACAAAUUAUCUGCAGCUUGUGGCUGGCUUUGGCGACGGGUUGCAGAUGAUGGCUUCGGUGGGGCGGUGUGCCCUUCCCAUUCUAAAUUGAAGUUGGUCUCACAAGGUCGAAGUAGGCCAUUGUGUAAUUUCUUCAUGUGUCACCAUAUACGGAUCUUUACCUUUUUUUCCUGUACUUUGGAUGUUUCUUGCAGAUUUUUUCUGCUAUUUCAGGCAUCAAACAAGAACUGCUCAACACUGAGAAAUGCAUGACUUCAGCUCUCAACUAAGCAAGCCUGAUAAUUGUGGCUAAUGGAAAGGAACUACUUACUAUGUCGUCAGUUGUUAAUAGUAUGAACGUCAGUUGUUUUCAGUCCACAAGUGAUCAUUCCAUUUGGAGAAUGUAAUUUGCUACUUAGAAUGAUUCUGGGAUGUGUUUUUUCCGGCAAAUGAGGCAUAUAACUCUUACGGACAAGUUUGUGCAUCACUAUAUCUUAUUUACAAUGAUCUCGGAGACCAUGUAUUGGAGUUA